GGCUGAUCAAAGGGAUUGUUACCACACAUUGAUGGCGAGCCAAUGUGUGAGUACCGGGUAUGUUCGGAUGGCGUCCUUUCUGUACACUAAGGUGUGGAGGGUGAAGGAGUUCGUUGGAAAGAGUGAAAGGAUAUUGCUGACUCCUGAUUUUGCCUUAAGGGUAUUGGAACCCAGAGACUCCAACUACAUCAUAGGCACCAAGUACGGCAAGGUUCUGAAAAACAUCCCGUUUACUUCUCUAGCGACGGUAUUUGUCCCCGUACUGGUCAAAGAACAUUGGUGGGGUGUCUGUUUUGACAUUAAGGGGAAGGCAAUAAGAUUGAUUGAUUCGAUCUUCAAAAACCCAGCGGAGAAACAUGCCGAUAACCUUAAUGAUCUGGUUAAUGCAAUGGACACCAUGUUCGAGGUGAAUGUACCUGGAUACCAGGCAGGGACAAUGAGCAAUUGGCGUACUGAGGUCAUCAACAUAGCAGGCAAUGUGGACAAUAAGUCGUGCGGGGUUAUAAUGUUAAGCUGCAUGAAGGCAUGUGCGCCUCGGUUCGUGGCACAGUAUGAAGUGCAUGAUUUGGUGAAAUUAAGAACGGCCUUAAUGCUUGACGACUUGCUGUCGGAAUACAAUGACGUGAGUUACGCCAUGCUUGAAGCAAUGCUGCCUCGAGCUAGGACAAGGGGGGGUAGUAGUGGUUUGCCCUAAACUGGUUCUUGGAUGAUUUGCAGGAUAA